UAAAAUUUUUUAUUUUGAGAUGGGACUGUCACCCAGGCUGGGAUAGAUUUGGAGAUCUUCCUGCCUCAGUCUUCUGAGUGCUGGGAUCGCGGGUGUGCGCCACCACGCCUGGCUUCUGCUGUGUUCCAUGUUCUGGACCUUUGGGGAGUCUGCAGUCUAUCCCGAAGGCCCGUCUUCUCACGCUCAGAGACCCUGUUGGAGGGUCUCGUGGCUGGAGAAGGGUGGCAGUGCCCUCCGGGGCCCUUACCUGGUGGUCCCCGUGCGGCUCAGCCCAUCCGUGUCCACACUCUGCACGCAGUGCUCAGUAGCAGCCCUUCUUCCCACUGGCACAGGUGCAGAUGGGCUGCCGUUCAGUGCCCAGAGCCCGGUCCUAGCGAGGUCUGGCCAGGCCACAGUAGCCUCUACCCUUCUCUCCGCAUCAGCGCCUGGGAACCCUUGCACUGCCCUGUCCUCAUCCCCGUGUCCCUGUGCAGCUGAAGGUCAUUUUCCCCAGCAGCAGCAAGAGGCCAAUCUCACCUCAGCCCGACGCCCUGCUGGGGCCCAGAGCCCCCGAGCCUGAGCCUCCCAUGCCUGGUUCUCACUGGAGCAAGCCCAGUGUGGCACAGCUGCGCUCAGUGCCCUGGAAGAACCCGGCUGGUGCCUCCCAGAGCACGGGCCAGGGGCGAUGACCCGCAGCCCAGCACAGGCCUGGGAGCUGUGCCCUGCUCAGCACAACUGCGGGGAAAGACCAUGCAUGGCCCGGAACACGGGGCCCUGGGGAACCCCAGCACCAGAGUCUGGGAACAGUGUCCUCCCCUUGCACCAAGACCCACACGCACCAGCCCGGUGGGCGGCCCCAGUGCUGCUGCCCCAGCUGCAGCCUCCUACCAGCCAUGCGGCACGGGGAGUGGAUCUUGGUGCAGAACAGAAAAAGACAUGCAAAGCGGGGUGUGCCUCAUGAGUCUCUGGAGAGCUCCCCACCCCACAGGUCCUGGAGCUGGCCUGAAGGCUGCAGAUGUUCAGGGGGAGUGUGUGCUCCCCAACUUUGGGCUUGCUGGGAGGGGCCAGGCCUGGCUCAGCCCCGCACCACAGGGCCCCAGCAUCACACCCUGGGCGGUCCUGAAGGACUGACCUCCUGCUGCCUGGGCCAGCGGGCUCCCCUAGGCUACCUGCCAGCCUACAAGUUCCCGUCUCUCCACACACCCCUCUUCCUGAAAGUGGGCCCAGCCCCAUCCUUUCACGCAAAAUAAAGUGUUCUCUGGUUGCUUGCUCAGCAGGAGCAGGAGCAGGAGCAGGAGCAGGAGCAGGAGCAGGAGCAGGAGCAGGAGCAGGAGCAGGAGCAGGAGCCAGUCGCUUUGGGCCAUGGCCACCAGGGGGCCCCUGUGCCCAGAUUGGGUCUCUCCCAGCUCAGCACAGGCUCACCUGGCUCCCUGAGGCUCUCCGGCUGGGGCAAAGUCCUUCACUCCCCUGUUAGUCCGGGUGCUGCUGUGUGCCAGUGGUAGCAGCCUGCAGCCCACCACCUGCCCUCCAUCUCGGCUGAGUGUGCCCCCCUGGGAGCCUGGAGUGGCCAGGAGACCCUGGCUGGGCAGAGAGUGUGGUUCUGACUCUGCUAGCCCCUGGGCUGCUGAGCAGGGGCUGGGUACCCACUGGUGUCCUUGAGAGCUGGGGUAGUCUGGAGGCCUGGCAGGGAUCAGGAGUCAGGAGACAGCAGGUGGAGGCCCCCCGGCUUUCCCUGAGUCACACUCUCCCACUCCCUGUUUUUCUGAUCCAUUGCAGGGCUACCAGGUUCCCACACACAGGGCACCCACUACAAGCUGGGCAGCAGCUCAGUGGCACCUUGGCAGAGGGAGGGGAGGCUCCUUCGAGUCCACCCAGGAAGGGAGCCGGCUGCGGGCGUGGGCGAGGCUAAGACGGGGCCUCACCAGCCUGGCGGCACAAACAGGAAGGACAGCAGCUCUGGUAACCAGAAGCUGGUGGCCCUGGGCUGGCAGGCGGGGGAGACAUGCAGAGAGAAGAGGUGGGGUGAAGCCAGGGUGUUCUCCCCUGGGGUCCCCUGUGAGGAGAGAUGCCAGGGGAGGGGCUACAGGCACAAGCACCCCACAGGCAUCUCUCCGACACAGGGUGGCCGGCAAGGCUGUCUUGGGCUGGCAGGUUGCUUCGGACCGUUCUGCAGCCGCCCGCCCUCCUUGCCAUUGCUCAAGUUUCCCACCGCAGCCUGGAAGCCAGGCGAGCCGCAGGGCGUGGGGGGCUGCAACUGCCACUGCCCCAGGCUCACCCGUACCCACUACACUCUGCCCCAGCUGCCUGGUUCCCGUCCUGACCGCACUCUCGUCUUCCCGUGGAGCCAUCGCUGAAGGAGACAGCAGCUCCCUGGGGCCCCUGGGUGACACAGCAUGGGGCUCAGUGGAGUGUGGGGGCCCAGCAGGGCUGGGGCUGCAGACCUAGCUAACAGCACCUGCGGCUGCCCCUCCUGGGACCUCUGGCUUGGGGGCUCCGGCACCACAUGUGGCCAAGUAUGGCUGUACCUGGGGGGAUGUGGGGUCCCAGGAUGCAGAGCAGGUGGUCUGAAAAACCGUUGGGAGCAGCUCAGCUGGGAGGUGACCUGGAGGGCCACUCCAGACUGGCUUCCCUGGACUGCUGCGUCUCUUACUCAGAGGCGCCGGGUAAAAGGGGAAGGAACUUGACCUCCACGGCCAGCCGGCCACCAGGCUGACUGGAGAGGGGACCUCAGGCUGCAUGUUCUCUUCCUGUUCCCGGCACAGACGCCAGCCCUGCUCGUCCGCAUCAGGGACAGGACGACUCCUUCCCUUUCCAGCCUGGAAAGCCCCCUCCCCGGGCUGCAAAAAGGAAGUCAGGCGAGGCCCUACCCGGAGGCUUCGGGCCUGGGGGUGCCUGGCAGUGGGGGCCAUGCUCUCGGCCCUCUGGCUCCUAUGGCUGCUGGGACCAGCCCCGGGGGGUGCCCCAGCACCCCAGCCCCCGGUCACCAUCCUCAUCUGGCACUGGCCCUUCACAGACCAGCCCCCAGAGCUGCCAGGUGACACCUGUGCCCGCUAUGGCAUGGCCCACUGCGUGCUGAGCACUAACCGAAGCCUACUGGCCAGCGCCAGUGUGGUGGUCUUCCAUCACCGCGAGCUGCAGACUCAGCGGGCCCGACUGCCUCUGGCCCAGCGGCCGCCUGGGCAGCCCUGGGUCUGGGCCUCCAUGGAGUCUCCCAGCCACACGCACGGGCUCCAUCGCCUCCGAGGCAUCUUCAACUGGGUGCUGAGCUACAGGAAUGACUCAGACAUCUUUGUGCCCUACGGCCGCCUGGAGCCCCGUUCGGGCCCCGCACCCCCACUGCCACCCAAGAGCAGGCUGGCCGCCUGGGUGGUCAGCAAUUUCCAGGAGCGGCAGCGGCGUGCCCAGGUGUACCGGCAGCUGGUGCGCCACCUGCAGGUGGACGUGUUUGGGCGUGCCAGCGGGCGGCCCCUGUGUACGGACUGUCUGGUGCCCACUGUGGCCCGGUACCACUUCUACCUGUCCUUUGAGAACUCUCAGCACCGAGACUACAUCACGGAGAAGUUCUGGCGCAACGCACUGUGGGCCGGGGCUGUGCCUGUGGUGCUGGGGCCCCCGCGGGCCACCUACGAGGCCUACGUGCCCCCCGAUGCCUUCGUGCAUGUGGAUGACUUCAGCUCCCCCCGGGAGCUCGCUGCUUUCCUCACGGGCAUGAACGCGAGCCGAUACCGAGGCUUCUUUGCCUGGCGCCAGCGGCUGCGUGUGCAGCUGCUCACCGACUGGCGGGAGCGCUUCUGUGCCAUCUGUGCCCGCUACCCCUACCUGCCCCAAGGCCAGGUCUACGAGGACCUGGAGGGCUGGUUCCAAGCCUGAGCACCCACUGCCCGCUGGGGAGGCCUGGUGCAUGGCAGGGUGGCAUGAUGCAACCAAACCAGCAGCAUCCGGCCUCAUGGGCCACCUUGGGGCAAGCCAGGGCCACAGACUAGGAAGCCAGGAGGGAGGAGCGGCGACGCUGGGGGGCUGUGGGGGACAGGUGGGCUUCGGGGGCACUGGAGGGGCAGGCGGGGUGGGCGGGGCAGGGCUGUGUGAGGCUGCAGUCAGGCUGAUCAAAGAGGAAAGGGGCUGAGGAUGCCCCUCUCUGCCCAGAGCAAACUCCGCUGGAGCAGCCUGGCUGGAAGAAGGUGGAGGCGGAGCUCUGGCGGCCAGGGACAUCCGGUCAGCGGUUUGUGAAGCCCAAUCCCGGGCCCUGUGAACGCCAUCACCGAGGCACCCUGGUCCCACUCUGUCCCCAGUUCUAGCCUGGAGACCCCACGACGAGCCACAGCGGGGGGCACAGACAAUAAAGAGGCGAAUGGGACUGUCUCAGG